UUUAUGACUGGCCUAGAGGUGCCGACUGGGUCUAUAGUGAUUCGGAUGGGUAGGCUGAGUGUCAAGCUCUCAGCGAUACCCCUCAGUGAAACCCAAGCAGAUUCCAUAGAAAAAGGAAGCAGGUGUUUCUGUGAAGAUAAUUUGGCCAACGUGAACAUAAUCGCUAACCCCACCACCAUGACAUUUGAAGACAUUCUAGUGAAGAUCAAUGGGUUUGGCAGGUUCCAAGUCAUGAUAGUGCUCAUUCAGUGUGUAUCACGUGUCACCCUGCCUGCCCACUUCCUGUUGAACAAUUUUAUCGCGGCCGUGCCACCUCAUCACUGCGCUGUUGACUGGCUCGCCGUCAACGCGUUUAGGAACCUUACUGCGCAGCAAACGCAGACCGUCAGUAUCCCAUUGGAAGCAGAUGGAGAACCCUCUUCCUGUCUGAUGUUCUCCGAGCCCCACUUUCACCUGUUGUACAACAACUCCUCCGAGAUCAACACCACCGAUCUUCCUGCUGAGCCGUGUCAGAAUGGAUGGGUGUUUGACAACAGCACGUUCAAAAGCACUCUGGCCACAGAGUGGGAUUUGGUAUGCCAAGACAAGGGGAUGAACCAGGUCACAGCCACCGUCUUCUUUAUUGGUGUGAUGAUGGGAGCGCCAGUCUUUGGUCUCCUUAGUGACAGGUUUGGCAGGAGGCCUGUGCUGCUGGUUGCCUACCUAUCCACCUUGAUCUUCUCGACAGCCUCUGCAUUUUCCCUUUCCUACAUCAUGUACAUGGUCAUGCGACUCCUCACUGGAUUCACCCUUUCUGGGAUCAGCAUCAUCUCUGUUGUGCUAAGUGUGGAGUGGUUUGGCACUGAGCACAGGACGUUUGCUGGCAUCAUCGUGAGUCUGGAUUGUACCGUAGGAAAUCUGCUGCUUGCGGGGGUGGCAUAUCUGGUCAACGACUGGCGCUGGCUGACCAUCGCAGUCACGUCCCCUCUCUUCCUCUCUGUCGCUUUGUGGUGGUGGCUUCCAGAAUCUGCCCGCUGGCUGAUAGCCAAUGGGAAGACUGAACAAGCCCAUGUAUACCUACAAAGAUGUGCUGUGAUGAACAAAUGCAAAGCUGACUUUACACCAGAGACUCUGGCUGAUGCAGUGAUUGGAGACCAACACCGGAAGUACACCAUUGUGGACUUAAUGAGAACUCCCAAUAUCCGUAAAUUGGCCAUUUGUACUGGAAUAGUGUGGUUCGGUGUGGCCUUUACCUAUUAUGGGAUCAGUCUGAAUAUGACUGGGUUUGGCCAGAGUAUUUACCUGAAGCAGUUCAUCUACGCAUCCAUUGAGGUGCCGGGGAAGAUUGGUGUAUUCUACCUCGUGAAGAUGAUUGGGCGGAGGCCUGUUGAGGUGGGGACUCUACUUCUCACCGGGGCCUGCCUCCUCAUCAACAUAUUUGUGCCCCAAGGUCUGUGGGUAGUUCGCACUGUGGUGGGUGUGUUGGGAAAAGGUCUGUCUGAAGCUGCCUUCACCAUCCUUUUCCUGUACACAACAGAGCUCUACCCUACUGUCGUCAGACAGACCGGCAUUGGAUACACCUCCUUCCUCGCACGGAUGGGUGUAGCGGUGGCCCCUUUGGUCAUCCUGCUAGAGGAUGUCUGGAAGCUUCUCCCCAGUAUCGUGUUUUGUGCUGUCUCUGUCCUUGCCGGUCUCGUCACAUGUCUUCUGCCAGAGACCAGGGAUGUUCCUCUGCCUGAAUUCAUUGAUGACAUUGAGGAAACGAGGUAUUGUUGUGCUGUGCAAAAAAAAUAAAUAAAUCAAUGGUACAU